AUGAAUGCCCAGAAUGUGGGAAAUUUUUCCGUGAAAAACCACUCUCAGAAACCACGAGAGAAUCACACAGGAGAGAAACCCCACAAAUGCUCAGAGUGUGGGAAAUCAUUUGAUUGCCAUUCCCGCCUUUUGACUCACAGGAAGAUCCAUGUGGGAAGCGGAUCCAGUCAAGGUUUAGAGGGGAAGAAAUGCUUCUCUGGAAAACUCACCAAAGAUCUCAGAAAGCCCCCAACACUAAAAAACUACAAAUGUGAGGAAUGUGACUUACGCUUUGGUAAAAAGUCAAACCUUAUUACACAUCAGAAAAUCCACACUGGAGAGAAACCUUAUCAAUGUGUGGAAUGUGGGAAUUUUUUCCGUCAAAAAACCACUCUCAGAAACCACGAGAGAAUCCACACAGGGGAGAAACCUUACAAGUGCUGGGAAUGUGGAAAGAGCUUUUCUCAGAACUCAAGUCUUUGGAUCCAUGAGAAGACUCAUGCAGGAAUAAAAUCUUACAAAUGCUUUGAGUGUGGAAAAUGUUUCAUCCAGAGUUCAAGUCUUCGUAGUCAUGAGAAAACACACAAAGGGGAGAAAAAGGAAAAGUGCCUCGAAUGUGGGAAAUGUUUUACCCAGAAAUCUCAUCUGAUGCGACAUCAAAAACUUCACACUGGAGAGAGACCCUAUGAAUGCCCAGAAUGUGAGAAGCGAUUUAUGUAUUCCUGUGAACUUCAGAGACACCAGGAAUGGCACAAAGAAAAAUUAUCCUAUAGAUGUCGGGAGUGUGGGAAAGGUUUCAUUUCGCCAGGAGUGCUUCAAAUUCAUCAGAGAAUCCACACGGGGGAGAAACCCUACAAAUGUGGGGAGUGUGGGAAAUGCUUUUCCCAAAAACAACACCUUGGAAGGCAUCAAAGGCUCCACACAGGAGAGAAGCCAUUCAGAUGUGUAGAAUGUGGGAAAUGUUUCACUCAAAAGGUAGACCUUUGGAGACAUCUUAAAACCCACACAGGGGAGAAGCCACAUCAAUGCUAUGAAUGUGGAAGAUUUUAUCGUACCUCAUCAGCCCUUAGAAGUCAUGUGAAAAUUCACACAGGGGAAAAAAACUACAAAUGUAUAGACUGUGGGAGAACAUUUGCUCAUCCAUGUUCCCUUAGAAGUCACAGCCGAAUCCAUACAGGAGAGAAACCCCACAAAUGCUCAGAGUGCGAGAAAUGUUUUUCACGGAAAGAUUCUCUUGUGAUGCAUCAGCAAAUCCACACUGGAGAAAAACCCUAUAAAUGUUUGGAGUGUGGGAAAUGUUUUGCCCAACCUUCAGCACUUCGCACGCACACUCGAAGUCACGCAGGAGAAUAGCCUCACAAGUGUGCAGUGUGUGAGAAACCUUUUCCUAUUUAAUCAAAGCUAAAAAAGCACCACAAAGACCAUAGAAGAGAUAAAUCUCUUCAGCUGUGAACAAACCCUUUUUUUUCAACAUUCAGUUGUAAACCUUUACCAGGAACUUCACACAGUGACAGAAGGGAAAUUGUACAAAUAUUUGAUGUGGGGAAAAUGUUUUUCCUAGUCAAGCGACCUUAAAUCCCAUCAGAGAGCACACAAUGAGGCAAAAGGGCACAAGUGCUGGGAGUGUGAGGAUGUUUUGCUCACAAAAGCCACAUUAGUAACUUACAUGUGGAGUAAAUAUAAUGUUUUGCAGGGAACAGGAAGUCCUCAAUUUAGGACCAUCACUUGAAAUGGAUUUCUGGUCAUACGAUGCUACAGUUGUAAGUAUUUUUGUUAAUUUUUACCAGACUUUUGUUGGUCAAUAAAGAGAACUCUGAAGAUUUGGAGAGGAGAAAAUGGGGUGAGGGUGGAAUGAAGAUGCAUCUGUUGCUUUAUUUAGUGAUUAAAUGUUGAUGUU